AUGACUCUCCUUGAACGUUUUCGAGAAGCUGUGUUUCGUUUGAUGAUGCUGUCUGCUCUGUCUAAAGCCACACAUAAUAAUGCAGCUGGAUCAUCACCUCAUCAUCAUCAUCAUCAUCAUCAUCUUCACCAUCAUCGUCAUGUAAUGAAGAAGAGAUCAUCAUCUUAUUAUCCUGAUGAUCCUCACCAUAGUGAAGCUGUUGCUGAUUGUAUAGAGUUUAUCAAGAAAUCAGCGUUGAGUGAUAAGGAGGAGAUCAACCGUAACUCUAUCACUGCUGCUGCUAGUUCCUUCGAUGACAGUAAUAGUGAUCAGGUGGUCAUGCCUGUCCCAGUUAUGGUGAUUAAUGCUGUGAAUUGUGAUCUUAAGGUGUGGAGUGGUAUAUAG